GCCACCCUGGGUGUCCCUUGGAGGAUGACUGCUGUCUGCCCCUCCGAGAGCAGCCCAGAAGGGGCUGAAGCCGGGGCCAGGACAGCAGUCUCCCGGGUGCCGGGGGCAGUUGGCACUGCUGGGAGCAUCUCAGUUUCUGGUACCGAGACCGGAGAGUCUAAUGGAGACUCUGUCUGCGGUUCAGUUGGAGGCACAGCCGUGGUCACUGGUGGCCAUAGGUACGCCCGCUGGAGCCGUCAGGACAGCUCGGACAUCAACACAGAUGAUGAGGGAGCCGCUAUCCGCCGCCUCACUCCACUGGAAAGGUUGAAUCUGGAUAUGUGCCAGGAUGAAAGGGUGGUCCGUGAGUUAACAGUGGGCAGAAGAAUCGGCUUCUACAAAAUUCGCGGAGAGAUUGGCUGUGGAAAUUUCUCCCAUGUCAAGCUAGGAAUUCAUGCGCUCACCAAAGACAAAGUGGCCAUAAAGAUCCUUGACAAAACUAAGCUGGAUCAGAAGACCCAGAGACUGCUGUCCAGAGAGAUCUCCAGCAUGGAGAAGCUACACCAUCCCAACAUCAUACGCCUCUAUGAGGUGGUGGAGACGUUGUCACGUCUACACCUGGUAAUGGAGUACGCAGGGGGAGGGGAGCUCUACACCAAGAUUACAACAGAGGGGAAACUUUCUGACACUGACAGCAAGAUUGUCUUUGCUCAGAUCCUGUCUGCUGUUAAACACAUGCAUGAAAACAACAUCAUCCACCGUGACCUGAAGGCAGAAAACGUCUUCUACACCAGCAGCUCUUGUGUCAAGGUGGGAGACUUUGGCUUCAGCACGCUGAGCAGACGCAGCGAGACACUCAACACAUUCUGCGGCUCUCCUCCUUACGCUGCGCCCGAGCUCUUUCGGGAUGAGCACUAUGUUGGCGUCUUCGUGGACAUCUGGGCCCUGGGGGUGAUGCUGUUCUUCAUGGUGACAUGCACCAUGCCGUUCAGGGCUGACACUGUGGCCAAACUGAAGCGAUGCAUCCUGGAGGGGGCCUAUGUCAUGCCCUCAUGGGUGCCAGAGGCAUGCCAGAGGCUGAUCAGGGGAAUCCUCCAGCCCAUACCGACUGACCGCUUUACAGUGGAGCAGAUGAUGAGCUGCGAGUGGCUGCUCCCUGUGGACUUCCCACGUGCCAUGGAGCCCUUUAAACUAGACCCAUCCUACCUAGCAGAGAGUGAUCCGUCUGAGCUUUUGGAGGAAGAGGUGGAGGUAAAAACAGCGCUGGAGACACUUGGGAUCACCUUAGAACACAUCCUCAACAACCAGGGGAAAGACUGCAGGAGCUCCAUCACAGGGGUCUACAGGAUCCUGCUGCACCGUGCUCACAAGAAACGGGCUGUUGAGAGCAUUCCUGUGGUCACAAAGGUAGCCGGACCAGCUACAAGCAGUAAAAAGGAAAGGCUAAAAGUGUAUCGUAGUUUAAGGCACACAUCUAAACUCUGUGUGAUUCUGUGACAAAAUGCUCCGCUUCGCUCUGGAAAUUAAUUGACUUUAUCGCCUGGGAUGAGAUUGCAUGGAUUUCAUUAGGAAUAAAAAUUUCAAAAAAGUGCUUUUCAGUCCAGCAGUUUAAAUUGAAAUCAUGGUAUGUGACCCCACUCCGCUUCUGAAAUCUGGGAUUUCUUACUUUAGUAUCUUUCUUCUAGUAAGUGAUAUUAGUCUCUGUGAGAAUGUUGUUGCCGGUGAAACAUUAUUGUCUCCCUUUUUGACUGGGACAUGGACCUGUAAUGCUCUGAUACUGCAAUACUCAUGAGAUUUGGAAAUGUUAUGAUAUAAAUUAUUUGAGUAAACAUAAUGAUGAUGAGAUGGCAAACUUUUUUUAAUUUGCAUCAUGCAGGCAGCCGGAUAUUUAUAGCCAAUACACAUUCUAUGCUCUGUUGUGCUGGGACACCAAUAAACACCUUGAGAAAUCAAUGUAGCAUAAGCCUAAAGAAAAGAGUUAGAAAUUUACAGCAUUAUGCUGAAACAAUAAACAUGCAGUCAGUACAUGAAAAACAGUGUCUUUAAUGUUUAAAUGCACUUUUCUUCCACGCCUUAGUUUUUUUUAAUCAUGUUACAGAAUCAGCCAGACUGGUUUCAUUAUACUCCUUAAUGUUUGUGAUGACAUGAAUAGAGAUCUAACCUUCUUAUGUGAUGUAUCUCUGUGAGAUGUUCCUGCUGUUUGACUGACUGACAUGAAUGACCUCACUCUGUUUUUCCUGAAAUGAAAAUAAAUGUCAUUACUCUACAAAUACAUCCAUUUAAAACACCAACGUUUUUGGUUGUUCAU